GCGGUGAAAAGUCCGGAUCUCGAUCUGGAUGGGAGCAGUCUACACGAUGGAGGAAUCCUAGAGUCUUCAUCGCAGGAUGGCAAAAGGCAGACAAUGUGUCAAACAUUCCUGAGACAGAACAAGCUCACCUUGGCAACAAUAGCAGGUGUUGUGUUGGGUAUUGUUUUUGGUUGCGUCUUCCGACGAUACGGUCCGUGGACGAAGCGAGAAGUCAUGUAUAUCAACUUCCCCGGCGAGAUUUUCCUCCGCAUGCUCCGUGGACUCAUUCUGCCUCUGAUCACAACUUCGAUGAUCGCUGCCGUCGGCGGAUUGGAUGCGACGCUCUCUGGGAAGAUCGGAUUUCGAGCGGUCACGUACUAUUUCAGCACCACAAUUAUCGCUAUCUUCCUCGGUAUCGGGCUGGUCAUUACCAUACAGCCGGGAGCUGGAGACUCAGAAUUCGAAACCAGCAAAAGCAAUGCGAGGCUCGUCACGACAGCAGACACCCUUAUGGAUUUGAUAAGAAACGCGUUCCCUCCGAACGUCAUUGAAGCGUGUAUAAACCAGUUCUCAACGAUAGUCAUCAAACCUGAUAAUGCAACAGGAAGCAUGUACGAUUGGGACUUCAGGACGGUCAAAGAUUCGGGAACCAAUAUCCUGGGGCUCAUCGUCUUCUGCAUCGCCCUGGGUACGAUCAUCGGUCGUAUGGGCGAAAACGGAAAGCCGCUUCUCGACUUCUUUACCGCUCUCUCAGAUGCAAUGAUGCUGAUCACGAAAGUUGUUGUGUGGUUGUCACCCGGCGGUGUAAUGUUCCUUGUCAUGAGUAAAGUUGUUGAGAUGAAGGACUUUUCUGUUGUCGCCGGCCAGGUCGGGAUGUACACCUUAACCGUUAUUCUGGGCCUCCUUCUGCAUGGAUUCGUGGUUCUUCCCGCUCUGUACGUUCUCAUAAUGAGGCAAGAACCAUUCACUUUCCUGCUGGAUAUGCUGCAGGCUAUCACAACGGCAUUCGGGACGGCUUCGAGUUCCGCGACUCUGCCGGUUACCAUUGCGGCGCUGGAGGACAAAGUCAAGAUCGAUCCAAAAGUGGUCCGUUUCUGCAUUCCAAUCGGAGCGACAAUCAACAUGGAUGGAACCGCCCUCUACGAAGCUGUCGCUGCCAUUUUCAUUGCCCAAGUACGCCGGGUGCCUUUGGACGUCGGCAAAGUCAUUGCAAUCAGCAUCACAGCUACCGCCGCUAGCAUCGGAGCGGCGGGUAUUCCUCAAGCCGGAUUGGUCACUAUGGUCAUGGUUCUGAACGCGGUCGGAUUGCCAGCGGACGAUAUAACACUCAUCAUUGUGGUCGACUGGUUUCUAGACCGUUUCCGCACAGCGAUCAAUGUCCUCGGAGAUGCUGUCGGGGCCACCGUGGUCGAGAAGCUAUCUCUUGAUGAUCUCCGCUCGAUGCAAAAACAAGAAAACAAGGGAAGCAAGGACACUGUCAUCACGGCCAUGUGA